AAAGAAGUGAAACCCGACUCUCGCUUCCAGUUCAAACUUGAUUCCAAGGGAAAUGACUCCUACUCCGCUAUUCUACAAAUUAAGGACCUUGCCGACAGCGAUGCCGGAGGCUAUCGAUGUGCUAUCGUCAACCCUCACGGAAAGGGAAAUGCAAACUUCAACUUGAAGCUCACGGGUUUCUCUUCUCCUACUUUCGUGGAGAAGCCGCAAAUAUCCUCGCGCGAUGACGGCCAAGUGAUGGUUAUGGAGUUUCGCGCUAAGUCGAUUCUCAAGCCCACCUUCGUUUGGCACAAGGUCUGUCCUUUUUGCUCUUAUCGUGAGCGCAAUGUUUUGUCACCUGCAGAGGAGAAAAAGUGUUUUUAG